GUCUGCAACCUACACUACAGUUCACGGCAAUGCCAGAUCCUUAACCCACUGAGCAAAGCCAGGGAUCGAACCUCAACCUCAUGGUUCCUAGUCGGAUUCGUUAGCAUGUUUUUAUGCUUUUAGAACAUUGGUACUGGCUUAUACUGGGCACAGAGUGCCUUGUUCUUAUAAGGGGCUCUAAGCUACUAACUUCUUAAUGCCUUAUAAAAACUGGACCCUUUUGCAAUUUGCACUGGAAUGUUAAUUCCAUGAUGAAUAGAAAUCUUUUUUUUUUUUUAAUUAAAAAAGACCUAUUCUACGUUUUAGAGUCAUUUUCAAAGUCUGCAUAAUCUUCCAAAUAAAAUCCCUGUGACAAGUAAGUAGUUCUUAAUGCCUGUUUCAACUCACCAUGAUUUUGGAUUUGAGGAAUAUACAGACUAUAUUGGCAGGAUUAAGGGUCAAUAAAUGGUCAGUUGGACUGUCUUUGUGAAAGUAACACGACUGAAUAAUAAACGCUAAUAAAUGAAUAUGUCAGUUUAUUAGCCUUGGGUCUCCUGGAAAGUAAAGCCAGGUUUAUUGGGAGGAGGAUAAAGGGGAGGGGUCCACAUGGUCUGUAAUGUGUAAGCCUUUUUAUGUUUUAUAGCCUUUUGGUCUAGAGUUACUUGCAUGGCAACACCAUGUAGUAUUUGUAUUCAUGUCUUGGUGAAAGACUUGUUUAGAAUCACAAACUUCACAGCAACUGUCUUUAGGACCUAAGUGGUAAACAUAGUGCUGCUUUUUAAAUUUAAUUUAAUUUAAUUUUAUUUUAUUUCCUUUUUAGGCCACCCACAGCAUAUGGAGUUCUUGGGCCAGGGAUCAGAUCUGACCUGCAGUUACGGUAACCUGUGUGCAGCUGUGGCCACACUGGAUCCCUUUAACACACUGUCCUGGGUUGGGGAUCAAACCUGUGCCCCAGUGCUGCAGAGACACAGCCAAUCCUGUUGUGCCACAGCGGGAACUCCAACACCAUGCUGCUUUUAGUGUAGAACUUUUACACAAAGCACAACUGGCCGUGGAAUUAAAUUCCACCGCAACGUGUAAAAAGAAAGUAUAGUCUCUUUUUGCUCUGCAAAUGGCUGGGGCUUUCUUAAGCUUCCUCUGGAGGAGAAGCUGAAGGAGGAGUGAGGGUAACCAAGUGACCAAGUGGCCGGUGUAGUCAUUUCAGAAGCUCUGCUGUCUCCAGUGGUUGCCUGUUUCCCCACCCUCUGCCCAGGUCCUCAGGAGAGGCCUGCCCUUUGUUCCUGAGGCUUCCAGAGUCACAGAGGUACUGUUCUGCUCACAGGGAGGCAAAGCUGUGGUCUCAGCCGCAGUCUCUUGUCUUGCCGUAGCUCUCCUCUCCAGGGGCAAUGAAAUCCUCAGCCUGGUCUCAGAUGUGGAAGGCAGUGGGGACUUGUCCUAAGGGGUUAAUUAAAUGCACCAGUUUAAUAUUUGGAAAAAUAACAUCCCUGUUAGUCUGUGAGAGCAAUAUCUCAGCAGGGCCAAGGCCGUUGCUCACUCAGGUAUGUACACAGGUCAGGAGAUUUGAGAAACUUACUGUGUGAUAAUUUUAACAUUAAUUUCAAACAGCCACCUCAGCCCCCGAGAGUGGGUUGGGCCUGUUGUGGCAGGUGUUUCAUAUGUGCCCCCCUGUCAGGAGGAUGCCCUGAAGCUGUGCUCAUGCCGAGAAGAUGGUGGUAUGAUUGAUGGGCUGAAUAAGAAAUUCUUAUUCCAGGGGCUAAAAUUGAGUCCUGUGGUUGCCAAGAGCCUCGGCUUCAGAUGCAUUUCUGGGGUUGAUAGGGGAAAAGCACAUCUGGAAAAAAAAAAAAAAAAAAUCCCUAAAUACAACAGUUAGCAUUUAUCUGCAUAAGCCUGGGAGCAGGAAUCAGAGACCUGACAGUGAGAAGGAAAGACCAAGGCAAGUGUCAGAUGCUGUCCUCAGGUAUCAGGUGCUGCCGGUACCUAGAGGGUGGGACUCUGGAGUCUCUUUUGCUCCCUCCCCAUCAACCCUUCUUUCUCCUUUUACUGCCUGAGACCUUGCCACUCAUUUCCUUGGUUGGCCACUUUGGUCUCUUUUUACUCUGAAAUCCUUCAGCAUCAACUAUUUGUCAGAUGAUCGUACAGUUAUUUAUGUAUUGACAGGUGAGGGCCCUUCCUUAGCUUUGGGGGUAUUGUUCCUCCCUCCUCACAGGGGCUGGUGGGAUCUUCAUCUCUCUCCAGACUCCUCUCUGUGCCCCACCACCCUUCCCUUAAGUUCUUCAGAGAGGGGCAGACUCUGUCAGUCUCCCUCGGCCAUCUGUUUGCUUCCACCACGUCAGAUACCUGUACAGACCUACCUGCAGCAGCCAGUCCUCACCUGUCUUGGCCAUUGGAUCCUACUUUCAGCUAAGGCUGCUCGCUUCCCAUCUGUGGGUGCCUACCUGCCUCACCUGCCCUGUAAACCAUGCAAGUUUGCUUCCUUCUGGCCAUGCCUUUCAGUUCUAAGCAUCUUAUGUCUCAUUUAAUUCUCACACUAACCCUAUAGACUAGGUAGACUUCUCAGCCCUGUUUUCUAGACCAAUAUCUGAGGCAUCCAAAGGCUGAGUGACUUGCUCAAGACUCCAGAGCUUGAGCAAGUCACCAGGCCAUCUGGCUUCUGAACCUGUGUUUUUCACCACCAAGCGAGUUAACGUCUGCUGAGGGCACAGGAGAGGACUGAAUUAGUGCGUAGCCCAUACUCUCUGCAGAAUAAACCUGCCUCCACUUGGGACCAUGUCUGCUGGGUAUUUCUGUGGUCCUAAUCCCAUUGCUCAGGGCAUCCAACGCACACAGGAUGAAGGUGCCCAUGUCUGUGUCUUCAUGCUGACCUGUCUUGGAGUGUCAGACCUGUGUAGCCACUUGCCUCUGGCCAUAUUUCCCCAUCAGUUUCUUUGACACCUCAAAGUCAGGUGCUCAAAACUGAGCUCGAAGCUGGGAAACCUCAAUAAGAUCAGUGGUUUGUGUCCCUGUCAAUGGGAUUGUCUUAGAGUUUUGCAGGAUGUUAACAUUCCCAAAAAGUAGGUAAAGGGCAUGUGGGGUCUCUUGUAUAUUAUUUCUUACAACUGCAUGUGAAUCUAUGAUUAUCUCCAAAUGAAGUUUAAUUAAAACAAUAAGUUAAUAAAAACACAGUGAAUUUGGCCCCUUCACUCCCCCCUCCCCCCUUGCCCUCCAUGCUACGUUUCAUUUGAUGGCACCAUGACCUGCUCAGCUACUCUUACACCCCUGGGAAAUCUAGAAGCUGCCUGUUCUCUCGUUUUCUCUCCAUUAUCUGGGGAGCUGGUUACAAUUCUUACCAGCCUCUCUUUUGUCCUUUCCUUAGUCACCUCCCCACUGGACUUUGCAGCCUCCUUUCAAUUUGUCUCCCCCAGCCUUCUGAGAGAUAGUCUUAAUUUGUUUGUCAUUCCUUUGCUUGAAAUCCUUCAGUGGCUUUGAAUCAUCUGUGGCAAAACUCCAUAGGUUGUCACUGCCAGGGCUACUGGUUAUAAUAAAUGCAGAUUCUGGACCCGAUUUCAGACUUGCAGGGUGGAAAUCUCCAAGUUGAAGCUGGAUCUGCCGUGUUUAACCAGCGCCCUCUGGUGAUCCUUCUGUGCACUCGCAUUUGAGGACCUCUGGUCUGGGCCACCUACCAGAGAGUGGACACAGAUAUCUACCAGGUAUCUUCGAGAGCAGCUGGCUAAGAUUUCCGACUUUUACCACAUGGCUUCCAGCACAGGCGAUGGCCCUGUCCCCGUGCCGCCAGAUGUGGAACAAGCUAUGCGGCAGUGGGAGUACAACGAGAAGUUGGCAUUUCACAUGUUUCAGGAAGGAAUGCUAGAAAAACACGAAUAUUUGACAUGGAUCUUGGACGUGUUAGAAAAGAUCAGACCAAUGGAUGAUGAUCUUCUUAAACUCUUAUUACCACUAAUGCUGCAGUAUUCAGAUGAGUUUGUCCAGUCGGCUUACCUGUCCCGGCGUCUCGCCUACUUCUGUGCCCGGCGUCUUGCCUUGCUGCUGAGCGACAGCCCCGGCCUCCUCGCUGCCCACUCGCCCCACGUGAUGAUAGGACCAAACAACGCAAGCAUCGGGGCCCCCAGCCCCGGCCCCCCCGGCCCCGGCAUGAGCCCCGUGCAGCUGGCCUUCUCUGACUUUCUUUCCUGUGCACAGCACGGCCCCUUGGUUUAUGGACUCAGUUGUAUGUUGCAGACUGUUACUCUCUGUUGCCCAAGUGCCUUGGUGUGGAAUUAUUCCACAAACGACAAUAAGAGCGCGAACCCAGGCUCGCCUUUGGAUCUGCUGCAAGUAGCCCCCUCCAGCCUCCCCAUGCCAGGCGGGAACACGGCUUUCAACCAGCAGGUUCGAGCAAGGAUUUAUGAGGUAGAACAGCAGAUAAAACAAAGAGGCCGUGCAGUCGAAGUUCGGUGGUCUUUUGACAAGUGCCAAGAGUCAACAGCAGGGGUGACCAUUAGUCGGGUUUUGCACACGUUGGAGGUGUUGGAUCGACACUGUUUUGACCGAACUGAUUCCAGCAAUUCAAUGGAAACACUUUAUCAUAAGAUUUUCUGGGCAAACCAAAACAAAGAUAAUCAAGAGGUUGCCCCCAACGAUGAAGCUGUGGUGACACUUCUGUGUGAAUGGGCUGUGAGCUGUAAACGGUCAGGCAAGCACCGGGCGAUGGCUGUGGCAAAACUUUUGGAGAAGAGGCAAGCGGAGAUCGAGGCAGAGAGAUGUGGUGAAUCAGAGGUCUUAGAUGAGAAGGAGUCCAUUUCUUCAGCCUCUCUUGCUGGAUCUAGCUUGCCUGUUUUCCAGAAUGUUCUGCUAAGGUUUUUAGAUACACAGGCUCCCUCAUUGUCGGAUCCCAACAGUGAGUGUGAGAAGGUGGAAUUUGUGAAUCUGGUGCUGCUUUUCUGUGAGUUUAUCCGACACGACGUCUUCUCCCAUGAUGCAUACAUGUGCACCCUCAUCUCCCGGGGAGACCUGUCUGUCACCGCCUCUACCCGGCCACGGUCACCAGCAGGAGAAAAUGCAGAUGAAAACUAUCCAAAGGACCAUGAUGUGAAAAUGGAGGAACAGACUCUUAUGGCGCAUAUGGGGAUUGACUCAGGAACUACUAAUAUUUUUGAUGAAGUAGACAAGAGUGACUUUAAAACUGACUUUGGUUCGGAAUUUCCAAUUUUUUCUCCCAUGCCUGGAGAGUCCUGUGAGAAUGCCAACCCUUCCUUGGGCAGAAGAAUGUCAGUUAACGGUGAGAAGCUAUUGAAGAGAGAAAAACCACGGGAGUUAAUUUUUCCAUCUAAUUAUGACCUCCUACGACACCUGCAGUAUGCAACCCAUUUCCCCAUACCUCUGGAUGAAUCUUCAAGUCAUGAAUGUAACCAGCGCACAAUCCUUCUUUAUGGAGUGGGCAAAGAGCGUGACGAAGCCAGGCAUCAGCUGAAGAAGAUUACCAAAGAUAUUUUGAAAAUCCUAAAUAAGAAGAGCACCACAGAGCCAGGGGUUGGAGAUGAAGGACAAAAAGCCCGUAAGAAUAAACAGGAAGCAUUUCCAACUCUGGAGACAGUGUUCACUAAACUUCAACUCCUUUCAUAUUUUGAUCAACAUCAAGUGACAUCUCAGAUCUCCAACAAUGUGCUGGAACAGAUCACAAGCUUUGCAUCAGGAACAUCCUAUCAUCUCCCACUGGCUCACCAUAUUCAGCUCAUCUUUGAUCUCAUGGAACCAGCACUGAAUAUAAAUGGACUAAUUGACUUUGCAAUACAGCUCCUAAAUGAACUGAGCGUUGUGGAAGCCGAACUGCUCCUGAAAUCCUCCAGCCUGGCAGGAAGUUAUACAACAGGACUGUGUGUCUGCAUCGUGGCUGUUCUCAGGCGAUACCACAGUUGUCUGAUCCUGAAUCCUGAGCAGACAGCCCAGGUGUUUGAAGGAUUGUGUGGUGUGGUAAAACAUGUUGUGAACCCCUCAGAAUGUUCUUCCCCUGAAAGAUGUAUCUUAGCCUACCUCUAUGAUCUCUACGUGUCGUGUAGCCACCUCAGAAGUAAAUUUGGAGACCUCUUCAGUAGUGCCUGUUCAAAAGUAAAGCAAACCAUAUAUAAUAAUGUGAUUCCUGCAAAUUCUAACUUGCGAUGGGAUCCAGACUUCAUGAUGGAUUUUAUUGAGAAUCCCUCAGCCCGUACCAUCAACUACUCAAUGCUGGGCAAGAUCCUUAGUGACAACGCAGCCAAUCGCUACAGCUUUGUCUGCAACACGCUCAUGAAUGUAUGUAUGGGCCAUCAGGAUGCUGGAAGGAUUAAUGACAUAGCCAAUUUCUCCUCCGAGCUGACAGCCUGCUGCACUGUUCUCAGUUCAGAAUGGCUGGGAGUCCUGAAGGCUCUUUGCUGUUCUUCAAAUCACGUGUGGGGGUUUAAUGACGUACUUUGCACUGUAGAUGUGAGUGACCUUUCAUUCCAUGAUUCAUUAGCUACUUUCAUUGCUAUUCUGAUAGCACGACAGUGUUUCUCCCUGGAGGACGUCGUGCAGCACGUCGCACUUCCCUCUCUCCUAGCUGCAGCUUGUGGAGAUGCCGAUGCGGAGCCUGGGGCAAGAAUGACAUGCCGACUCCUGCUUCAUCUCUUCCGAGCUCCCCAGGCCUGCCUAUUACCUCAAGCAACUGGCAAACCUUUCCCCGGAAUAAGAUCAUCCUGCGAUAGACACCUCUUGGCCGCUGCUCACAACAGCAUUGAAGUGGGAGCCGUGUUUGCUGUCUUAAAAGCAAUUAUGAUGCUUGGAGAUGCCAAAAUUGGCAAUAGCAAUGUCAACUCUUUAAAGAACGAUGACUUCACCAUGAGGGGUUUACGGCGUGAUGGGAAUGCCGAUGAUAUCUGGACUGCCUCCCAAAAUCCAAAAUCCUGUGGGAAAAGCAUUUCCAUAGAAACUGCCAAUUUAAGAGAAUAUGCUAGAUAUGUGCUGAGAACUAUCUGCCAACAGGAAUGGGUAGGAGAACAUUGCUUGAAAGAGCCUGAAAGAUUAUGCACAGACAAGGAACUUAUCUUGGACCCUGUGCUUUCAAAUAUGCAAGCACAGAAAUUAUUGCAGCUUAUCUGUUAUCCUCAUGGCAUUAAAGAAUGUACUGAGGGGGACAACCUACAGAGACAGCAUAUUAAACGCAUUCUUCAGAAUCUUGAGCAGUGGACACUGAGGCAGUCCUGGCUGGAACUUCAGUUGAUGAUCAAACAGUGCUUGAAGGACCCUGGCUCUGGUUCAGUGGCUGAAAUGAACAACCUGCUAGACAAUAUUGCCAAGGCAACGAUAGAGGUAUUCCAGCAGUCGGCCGACCUGAACAAUAACUCCUCUAAUUCGGGCAUGGGCCUCUUCAACCCAAACGGGAUCGGAAGUGCUGAUGCAAGCAGCACAAGACAGAAUGGAAUAAAGACAUUUCUAAGUUCCUCUGAACGCAGGGGUGUAUGGCUGGUGGCCCCCCUAAUUGCCAGGCUGCCAACUUCUGUGCAGGGAAGAGUGUUGAAAGCUGCUGGGGAGGAGCUGGAGAAGGGACAGCACUUGGGUUCUUCUUCCAAAAAGGAGAGAGACAGACAAAAACAGAAAAGUAUGUCUCUUUUGAGUCAACAACCAUUCCUCUCACUGGUCCUUACCUGCCUGAAGGGACAGGAUGAACAACGAGAAGGCCUCCUAACAUCGCUGCAGAAUCAAGUUAACCAGAUUUUAAGUAAUUGGAGAGAAGAACGAUACCAAGAUGACAUAAAAGCACGGCAGAUGAUGCAUGAGGCAUUGCAGCUCCGCCUGAAUUUGGUGGGAGGAAUGUUUGACACAGUGCAGAGGAGCACCCAGUGGACAACAGACUGGGCCCUCCUCCUCCUUCAGAUCAUUACUUCUGGAACCGUCGACAUGCACACUAACAAUGAAUUAUUCACAACAGUUCUUGAUAUGCUGGGUGUUUUAAUCAAUGGAACACUGGCCUCUGACCUAUCAAAUGCAUCCCCAGGGGGAUCUGAAGAAAACAAACGUGCAUACAUGAACUUAGUAAAGAAACUGAAAAAAGAACUGGGAGACAAGCGGUCAGAAAGUAUUGACAAAGUUCGACAGUUGCUGCCUUUGCCAAAACAGACAUGUGAUGUUAUCACUUGUGAACCUAUGGGUUCCUUGAUUGACACGAAGGGAAACAAAAUUGCUGGAUUUGACUCUAUAGAUAAAAAACAGGGUCUCCAGGUCUCUACGAAACAGAAGGUGUCCCCGUGGGAUUUGUUUGAGGGUCAGAAGAACCCAGCCCCUCUGUCCUGGGCCUGGUUUGGAACUGUCCGCAUGGACCGGAAGGUGGUCAAGUACGAGGAGCAGCAUCACCUCCUUCUGUAUCACACGCACCCCAUGCCCAAGCCCCGAAGUUACUACCUCGAGCCGCUGCCCCUGCCUCCCGAGGAGGAAGAAGAAGAGCCCACAUCUCCCAUCUCUCAGGAACCAGAGAGGAAAUCAGCUGAGCUAUCAGAUCAGGGAAAAACCGCAACAGAUGAAGAGAAGAAGACAAAAGGAAGGAAGCGCAAGACGAAAUCCAGCUCCAGAGUUGAUGAGUAUCCACAGAGCGGCAUAUACCGAGUGCCUCCCAAUUACUCACCUAUUUCCUCCCAGAUGAUGCAUCACCCGCAGUCCGCCUUGUGGGGCUAUAACCUCAUGGGUCAGCCCCAGCAGCCUGGCUUUUUCCUUCAGAACCAAUCUCUUCCUCCAGGUGGCUCCCGACUGGACCCCACGGGCUCCUUUGUCCCCACCAACACCAAGCAAGCUCUGUCCAACAUGCUACAACGGCGCUCCGGGGCUAUGAUGCAGCCGCCCUCCCUUCACGCCAUCACGUCCCAGCAGCAGUUGAUACAGAUGAAGCUUCUGCAACAGCAGCAGCAACAGCGGCUUCUCAGGCAAGCCCAGACACGACCUUUCCAACAGGACUUCUGUAACUCUGCUGUCUCCCUUCUGGAAGACUUUGACAACAUAAUGGGCCAGCCGGGGGACCAGGCUGCUCUCUUUGCUGCUCAAGCACGGCCCUCCCCUCAGCUCCCCCAGUAUCCAGGGCUGCAGCAAGCACAGACCAUGCCCCAGGGCUAUACGAUGUACGGAACCCAGAUGCCUUUGCAGCAGACCCCUCAGCAGCAGGCUGGCAGCGUGGUCCUGUCUCCUACCUAUAAUUCCAGAACCUAUCCGGCUGCACAUUCCAACCCAGCACUAAUGGAAAGACUCAGACAGAUGCAGCCGCCGCCGAGUGGCUAUGCGCAGCAGCAGGCAUCGCCAUACUUGCAGCCCUUGACUGGCUCUCAGAGACUGAAUCAUCAGUCAUUGCAGCAGAGCCCUCUGGUGGGGGGAGGAAUCGAUGCAGUGCUGACAUCUGCACAUCCAAACCUUCCCUCGGUACCCUUGCCCCAGGACCCAAUGCGGUCCAGACAGCCACAGGUUCGACAGCAGCAGCGACUCCUCCAGAUGCAGCAGCCCCAGCAGACCCCCCAGCCUCAGCAGCCCCCUCAGCCCCAACAGUCCUCGCAGCCCCAGAAUCAGACCCUUGGCCUCCAAGCGAUGCAGCCCCAGCAGCCUUUGUUUCCCAGGCAAGGCUUGCAGCAGACCCAGCAGCAGCAGCAGACGGCCGCCCUGGUGCGGCAGCUCCAGAAGCAGCUUUCUAGUAACCAGCCACAGCAAGGAGUGACUCCCUAUGGGCAUCCUUCACACUUCUGAAUCUGGAAGAGGACAAGACUUGUUCUUAUGAAGCUUUUUGUUUGCACUGGAAAAUAGAAAAUCAAAUUGAAUGCAGUAGUCAUCUUUAGACAUGUCCCUUUAUUCUUUCAUUUAUUUGAAGUUUUCCCAUAUUUUACGCUACGUUGCAUACAAAGGUGUUUAAACAAAAAGUAAAGGAAAAGGUGCAGUUUGGUUUGGUUUCAUUCAGCUUUAACAUAGGUUUAAAAAUGUGGAUCAUGUGGGCCUACUCCAGGAAGAGUUUGGUAGCAGAUCUUUUGAAAUUGGUGCUUUUUUUUGAAUCUCAUAGAAAGAAUGAAUUGUGGUGGAUUUAAAAUAUUUAUGUAUUCAUUCAUGAUGAAGAUUUUUGUUUGUUUGUUUUUUGCAAACUGUGCCGGACCAAAACUACUGAUUUGAGAGGCACGUCAGAUCGUGACAGGACAGUGACCCAUUCAUUCUGCAUUUACCUUUGGUGAUGAAAUGGACAUUUAUUUGCAUUGCUCUAAUUUGACAUGUUUGUAAUUUCAUAAGCACUUUAUAAACUUUGUUCUUAUUUAUGUAGGAUUUUUCUUUGCUUCUGUUGUGGUCAAAAGGUGCUGAAACAGAUUGUUGCUUAGUACUUAAACUUCCUAGACCAAGAACUUCAACUAAGGCUUCGGUGAGAGCCACCCUAAGGUAUGUGGAAGCCUGUUAGAAGUAGCUGUACUGAAUUUGUUUUCAGUGGAGAGCUCAUUGACCAGAGUCUCUGUGAAGGUACAACAUGUAAAUUCUAAAGGCCUGAACGACCCACAGUGGAAUUGUUCCAAUUAUUUAUUGUCAGUUUUGGUAAAAUGACCUUGUCCAGUUCUGGUUCUCCUGAACCUUAUGCCAACUUGAGAAAAAAAUCUUGCAGCUGGCCUGAGAUUCCACAGUGCUCAAACUUGACAUGGUUUCCAGAGAAUCUGGCCCCCAUGUCCAGAUGGCUCUGGUUUUCAUAAGAGAUGUAUUUGCUGUUUAUUUUGUAUGGUAAGUAUUUGCUAUUUUGAAUUUAAUUAUUAAUGUUGGUGUCUGUCUUGGUUGUGUAUUGCAUAUACUGUAUUUAUAAAUUGGUGCAAAAAGCACAAGUAAAGUAAAUUAUACAUCAAAUUUAUUAUAAAGAAAUAGUAACUAUUUUAACUUUGUUCAAGUAUGUGGUAAUUUGCUCCUAUUAGAGUAAAAAAUACAGUAAAUUAUUAUCAGUUUGUGUAACUUAAGAGUAUUCCAUAUAAUAUUUUUUUAGAUUUAGAGGCAUACAAUUUUGAAUGUGAAAAUUGCAGGGCAUUUUAAAACAUGUGGGGGAUAUUUUCCCAUGUUCUGUGUUAAUACCUUUUCUUUUGCCACAUGAAUUUACACGUAAUGUAGUCGAGCAUACUGUGAAUAGACCUGUCUAUAAUUAGCAAACCAUGUAGAACUACUUUUUUUAAAUGUAGCUGGUACAACUUUAGUAGAUCAUUUCCUUUGCAAAUCAUUAUAUAAAUAAUUUAUAUCUUCCUAGGUGAGUUACUCAUUGCAAAGUUUGACUCAUGCAAACGACCUCAAAUACAUGUCCGCUUACUUUGCUGUGGCAGCACCCAUGUGAACUGCUUUGUACACUGUGAAACGAUUUCACUCCAGCCCACUCAUUUUGUGUUUACUCUGGGCUGGAAGAGACUUUGCCAAAACAUUAAAGACCAUUCUUUUCACUAAAUUAACAUAUUCUAUCUGCUUUCAGAAGAUGAGUCUUGACAUUUCAGCUGGUUUUGUAUAUCAGGUUGUUUUUGUUUUUGCUUUUUCCCCUCUUGAGAAUCAUACUUAAGAGUUCAUCAAGUUAUUUUUUUCUUCAGAGUAAUAUAUAAAGACUGCCUUGGCAAAACAACCGAAAUGUGAAGGUUGUGCCUAGUGAGUGAGAGUUGUGUUCUGUCCUGAUUGCUGUUUUCCUUUCAAAAAUUGCUGGUAUUUAAAAUGCCACUUUUUAGUUUGAACCAUAGAUAUCUGUUGCUCAAGAUUGCAAACAGCAGUAAUACUGUUUCACAAGUGAGUGUUAAAAUUGCAUAGCAUCUGUAUGCACUUUAUAUUUUGCAGAAGGUAGUGAAACUAAUUUAUUAAUCAUUUUGCACAUGAAAGCUCUGGGGGGUAUGUACCUUUUUGUUGCUGUCUCUUUUUUUUAGGUGGGGAAGCUAAGAUGUGAUAAGGUCCUAUCAUUUGAAGAUUUUGCAGAGAGUUGAGAAAAAAACCUAGAACUGGUUUUCCCCUGUGUGUUGUACAGAGAGAAACUGGAAUUUUCAAUCUUGUCUGAUCAUAUUUCCUCCCACUUAAUCCUCUCUCCAGAGAGGCUUUUUUUUUGUUUUUUGUUUUUUUAAUGCAUUAAUUUGCAUUAAAAUGAUCACAGGGGAAACCCAUCCUUUGGCAAAACCUGGUAAUUUGCUGGGUAAGAAUAGAAAAGAAAUUAUUUUUAGGAUAAGAUGAAAAUUCCAGUUCUCUGUAAAGUCUCCGUAAAAGAAUAGAAUUGGGCAUAAGAAGCCCUUAGCUAUACCUGUUUAUGCUUUAGAUAUCUCCCUAGUAGGAUUACAUUUGUCCUCUUAUUUAUUCCUCUUGGCCCAGAAGUAGAAUGAGAUCACUGUUAGAUUGAGUAUCCUCUGACCUCACGUGGCCACAGGAUACUAACAUCAGAGAAAGUAGCAAUCAAGUCACCUCAGGUGGGACACGCUGAAAGUUGGCGUGAUGGACACAGAAUGAAGUGGGUCUCAUCCCCCCACCAUCUGUCUCAAAUGAUUGACAGGGGCUAACAUAGCUCUUGGUUUUGUGUACUGAGAUAUCUGAGCAAAAUCUAUGGCAUUCUCUCCUUUUUCAUUUAUUAAGGCUCCUAUAAUUCUUGAUUAUAGGCAAAUAUUUGAACAGAUGCUGGAGAAAUUACACUGGAAAAUCCUAGCUUCUAGAAUUAGAAAAGAUGAAUCAUAAUGUCCCCCAAAUUCAUUUACGUUGAAUUAAUAAGCAUGUAGUAUAAAUUCAGUGAUUUACAAAAUGCAACACUAUGUAGGGAUGGUCAAAUUUUAAGUGCACUGAAACUCCACUAUAUAUGUAUUCAAUCUAGAUUUUUCCAAAUAUUUCCCCAUCACAUAAAAGGUUAUCACGUAAUGGAAUAAAUGCUCAUAAAGCAAUGAUUUCUCCUUAGAAAAUUUUCCUUAUAAACAGUUCCAGACCAGGGGUGCCUGAGCUAGAUUUUGAAGCUAUCAAGAAAUUUCAUUGUCUUUUAAAAUCCUUUUUAAUGGGUUUAUUUGGGCAAAGAUGUAAUCAACUCCCUUUUCACGUUUUAUGAUGUGCAAGUGUUAAGUUGCUGUUUACAUGUGGAAAAGUCAGCCUGUGUUUAUUUUUAAAUGCAGUUAUUAAAACAUUUUUUGUAUUCUCCAUCAAUGAAAAUUUUCAGUGUGCACAAAAUGGUGAAUCAAAACAAUUCAAUGCUUAUUUUCUGCAUAAAAUAUAUUUAUAAACCAACCACAAUAUUUAUACAUCAAGAUGGCAAAUUUACAUCAAGACUGCAAAUUUGUUUCCAUUGUGUCUUUCCUCAGUGCCAUGCUUGUGACAUUGAUAGAUGAUGGACUCUAGGCAAAUGGUAGUGAAAGGAAAAAAAAAAGUCCAUUCUUUAAUAAUGAAUUCAGGUCAUUAGCCAUUUGUUAUUUUAUGGUGGACAGUUUUCUCAAUGUUCAUUGUUACUUGUUGGCAAAAUAAAAGUGCCUUAAGUUAAAAGUUUGUUUUGAGAUCCAUUAAAAAAAAAAAAAAUCAGUUCAUAAUGCAUUAUUUACAAGUCCUUUUUUUUGCAUGUCUAUUAUAAAUUUAAUAUUGUAAAUGUAUUCAAAUUCAUUUACAUGCCUAUGGCUGCCUUUGAUUAAACUUCUUCCAAAAAAUAAA